UUGUUGUUGAAAAUUAUACAUUAUAUCGGAUUGUUUUGGCCACCCUGUGCCAUGCAGCAGCCCAACAGUGUGCACUGCGCCUGUGAGUUCGAAGGAGCUGCAGCGAUGGAGUUCAACGUUCCAAUGGCUCAUCGAUCCUGGGGACCACUUUUCAUCGUUGAACUCUCGUGGAUGGUCUGGUUUACCGUUUUUCCGAUAUGCUUCCGCUACUCACGUGGAAUUCUCUGAGGUACGAGAGGUACUCAGACGCGUCUGUGGCCCGUACAAUAUGUGGCCGUAUGAGAAGCAAUGAUUGGAAACAAAUAAAUGACUAUGAUGGAAUGUUAAAGGCGCUAUUGAUACGUUGUUGCAAUGAAGCUAGCUUAAUAUUUAAGAUUGUUGCAAGCUUUUUGUUCGAUUUAAUUGAAAGUUGCAGUAUUUUAAUAAAAUGAACAAUAAAUCAGUGGUAAGAAAACGGUCAAUAACGAGGAAAUAACGCUUACAAUGAAAUCAAAUCCAAUAGCACUAGUACAAACUCUAUCCGGCGAAGCAUUAUUCGACAAAGGUCACCAUCGUGUGCGGUAGGCAGUAGAAAUUGAUUCUUCCUCCGAUUUAUUAAACCAAUUUUUCAGCUUCAAAAGCUAAAUAAAUCAAUACCUUGUUUAGCAUCCGAACCGUCUCCGAAAAACGCCAAUAAAGAGGGAAAAGGAGGCACGAAAAAAGGCUGCACGCUAUGAAACUUCCAUAACUCAUAAAGCGAAUGAUUGAAGAUUGCCAUUCCACUGGAUGAGCUUCCACGACGAAAAACGGAAAACCACGACCCUUCUACUUGCCGAAAUAGAUUGCUCGUUCAAGGAAAAACGUGACGGAAAAUGAUGAAAAAUGGUGUACACCGGCGAUGAAAUUCAAAUUGUAAGUAGGUGGAAAAAACCAGCUGCCAGUUUGCGACAGCUUCUAUUUUCACGGUCGUGACAAUUUGCUACCAAAACCAAUCAAUACAGCUUGCAAGCUUGUGGCUGUGUGUGAUUGGGCCAAAGUUUUGAUGGCUCUUCCAAAAGAGUAUCAGCAUUUUCGUUUUCGGGAAAGAAAGUCACUCCUCUGGGACUGUGUGCGGACAGUGUUUUAAUUGUGGCCGAAUGACUGUUCGAUUUGGGGUCGUUUUUAGGUCAUUAAUUUUCGCAAACUGUCACCCGGAUGAUGGCCGGUGAUAAGGGAGUUAAUUUGAUGGUACUGGUUUACAAGCUGAGUGGAAGAAGUUCUAAGAAACAGAAAGGCGAUUUGAGAUGAGUCAGUAUCAAGUUAUUUAUGUCGUGUGUCCGUCAAAGCUCAGUGAAACAACAUUCCUGUUCUGAGUUGCAAAAUUGGUAUGGACCAAGCCGCACUCACAAGCACUGGAUUAACGACAGAAGUCAUUUAAUAAAACUUAGAUCAGUUCUCUUUGAUCGAACUCUUUAAUGAGCCGACGUGAUGCAAAACAACCUAGCAUUAUACACCAAUUCCACCUUCUUGCUAUUGCACAAUCGUGUUGCUGUUUUGUUUUUCACUUCAAAUAGCUCCGAAUCAGUUAUCGCGCUUUAAUUAAAAUUGCGAAAAAAGGGUGCUAGCGGUUGGGGCGGCGCCCCAAUAUUCGUAUAUAAUGCACCUUUUAUCGCCCUGUUACACCUAGUCUCAAUAAUGGCAUCGUCACGCGGGUUUGUGAUUUGUGUUUGUGUGCUGCAGCUGGGCGUAGCGAUCGAAGGCUGGAUGAAUACGGACAUGAACGUUGGCAUGCCGUUGCAUACCGUCGCCUCGGCUGCGGAGUCAACCAUCAACGCUGCCCAGAUGGAGCUGCAGAUGAUUGACCUGAAGCUGCACAUUGACCAAAGUCUCGAGUACCUUGCGAGCAAGUUCGAAAUCAUGCUGGAACGUGUACUGCUCGAAACGAGCGCUUUCUGCGAACGGGAAUUGAAGCACGACAUCUCCACCUGGAUAAGUGCACUACUUCCUAAACCUAAGGACGGGAUGGAAUGUGAGGACUUGCGCAACGACAUUAAAGACAUCCUUCACGGACAGCAGCAAGUGGUCGACCAGUUUGCAAACGUGUCCAGCUCGCGGGAGUUAAAGGUGGCCCGACUGGAGCACCAGCUGCGAGCCGCUGCCCACGGCUCCGAGGAGUACGAGCACAACCCGGACGGGCGCGAGAAUGGGUCAUUCUUCGUGCGGUCGGUCAGCGCCAACAACCGGCUGUACGGUGACGGAUGGCUCGUCUUCCAGCAGCGGUACGAUGGUACGGUCGAUUUCUACCGCAACUGGACGGAGUAUCGCGACGGGUUCGGCGAUCUGGGCGGCGAGUUUUGGCUCGGGCUCGAGAAGCUGCACCGGCUGCUGAGCUCGGGCCCGCACUACGAGCUGCUGGUCGAGCUGGAAGACUUCCAGGGUGUGACGGCGUUCGAGCAUUACAACGAUUUCCUCAUCGGCGAUGAGAGUGAAAACUAUGCGCUCAAGCAUCUGGGCCGGGGUACGGGGACGGCCGGCGAUUCGCUGGUGCUUCACAAGGGCAUGAACUUUAGCACGUACGACCACACGGCGAACGAUUGUCCGUCGUACUAUCACGGUGCGUGGUGGUUUCUGCAGUGUUACGAUGCGCAUCUGAAUGGGCGCUAUCUAAUCGGAAAGCAUUCCUACCGUGGUGGUAUCAUAUGGCACACGUUCCGCGGUUCGUUCGAGUCGCUGCAGGCAACGCGAAUGAUGGUGCGACCGUUGGAAAAGAUUGAUCACGAUGGAAAACACCGAAUCAUCGAAGUGUAAAACAAAAGAAGGCUCUUUAACACCAUCCAUCCCCGGACUAAGCCAACCCCUAAUUGUUGGCACUGAGACAGUGUUUCGAAUACAGCUACAAAACAUUAACGCACAAAGCACGCAGCGAAUAUCGAAUUUUCGAUCACCAAAUUCGGUUUGAUUGGACCAAAUCGUCAUCCUACCCCUGCAUCCUUCUUGCAAACUUGGGAUCACGCUUCCUUUUCUCGAUGCAUGACCCUAGAGAGCGUACACGCGAGCAGCUAGAAUAGAAGCAACCGAAAGCAACCGGAUGGAACGAGCCGGAACGAAGUGGAAACGGAUACGCAUAAUCUAGCCGGGACGGUAUUGUCGCGCCUUCGAGCAAGAGACCAACACUAGAAGCAAGUCCCCAUGAAAAAAAACCCGGAUCGUGUAGGAUUGUUUCUGCUUUCGUCACCCGGCUCUUUUCCAGAAUUCCAAUCGUUUCUCCUCUUGUCCCCCGCCAAAAAACGCACGAAAUGGGGUUUUCACGUCUUCGGUACAAAUGUGGAAUAUAUUGAAGAAUUGCCAGUAGCAACAGGAGCGGUGGAAAAGCGGA